AACCGAAAUGCUGUUGAAACAGUUACCACAGGUAGUGCAGCAAUUGCGCUGCCUAUCCUCUGCCACCACUGCUGUAACGAGACUGCACCGGUCUGUAUAUUGCCGGUUAUAUCCAACAGUAGUUGUGCAGCCCGAUGGAUCCACAAUAAACAUUCGCUACCACGAGCCGCGUAAAAUCAUUAAGCUUCCUUUGGAUCUUAGUACCUUGUCUGAUUCAGAACGUAAGGCUAGGCUGGAAGCCCGGAAACCCCGCAAGAAGGUGAAAAUUAUGGAAGAAGUAGAAGAUAACUUCAAUGCCAAGAAAUACAUGAAGUACAUUAAAAAAAAGAAGUAGCUUUCAUACAUCAUAAAUGUAAACAAUUGUUAAAUAAAGAAAAUAGUCUAUGUUAUAUAAGUCUGGCAGCUCCAUGAUGUAUGUUGCCAUAUCUUUGAAUAACUUGCACGGCAAAAAGAUAGAAAAA